ACCAGAGGAUAGGAUACAAACUAUCAAACGUUAUGUACUAUCUGACUCUGUAAUUCUGCAUACAGUGGAGACAUAUGUGUGUGAAUUCAACUAUUUUUUAUGUUGCAGUUCCUAUGUGGGCAGUGGCUGCCAUUGUUGUGGUAGUCCUGGUUUUGGUGGCAUGCUUCAUCUUCUGUGUUUUCAAAAAAUGCUUUGGAAAAAAGAAAAAGCCCAAAAAAGUGAGAGAGAGGAAGACAGGUCGCCGCAAAAAGGAAAAGGAAGGUGAUGGAGAGGCAGGAGAGAAGGGUGAAGUGAAGAAGCAGGGGGAGGAAGAGGAGAAAGAGCAGGAAAAGCUGGGUAAGCUGGAAUUCUCAUUGGACUACAACUUCACCGACGCCCAGCUUAUAGUGGGCAUCCUUCAGGCUCAGGACCUUGCCGCUAUGGACAUGGGGGGGACUUCUGACCCCUAUGUCAAAGUGUUUUUGUUACCAGACAAAAAGAAAAAGUACGAGACCAAAGUUCAACGCAAGAAUUUAUGCCCUGUUUUCAACGAGACUUUCAUCUUUAAGAUUCCAUAUGCGGAGUUAGGAGGAAAGACUUUGGUGCUGCAAGUCUUUGACUUUGAUCGUUUCUCCAAACAUGAUCAAAUUGGUGAGAUAAAGAUCCCCAUGAACAGUGUUGAUUUGGGGCAGCCAAUGCAACAAUGGAGGGACUUGGAGAGUGGAGAGAAGGAGGAGCAAGAAAAACUGGGUGACAUUUGCAUUUCUUUACGGUAUGUACCCACUGCUGGAAAACUGACAGUGAACAUUAUGGAGGCAAAGAAUUUGAAGAAAAUGGACGUUGGAGGCUUAUCUGAUCCAUAUGUGAAGAUUGUUCUGCAACAAAAUGGGAAACGCAUAAAGAAGAAAAAGACAACAGUAAAGAAGAACACUCUCAAUCCUUACUUCAAUGAGAGUUUCAGCUUCGAUGUCCCCUUUGAGCAGAUUCAGAAAGUGCAGGUCGUCCUCACAGUGUUUGACUAUGACAAACUUGGAAGCAAUGACCCCAUUGGUAAAACCUUCAUGGGUUAUGGAGCUACAGGAGUGGGGCUACGACACUGGUCGGAUAUGCUUGCCAAUCCCAGACGUCCAGUAGCCCAGUGGCACACUCUCCUGCCCGAGGAAGAGGUCGAUGCCGCAGUCAAAGCAAAACCACGCUAGAGUCAUACUGCUAACAUGUAGU